AUGGCGGCGCUGGCGGGAGGGCGGCGAGCGGGGCGCGCCCGGCGGCGGCGGGGCAAGAAGGAGGAGGAUGAUGAUGAGGAGGAGGAAGGGGAAGGCGGCCCCGGAAUAGAAGCGGUGCUGCGGCGGCUGCGAGAGGCGCGGGACGAUCUGCUGAGCUCCGGCUUCUGGGCGGCGAGCGCCGGAGCCGUGCGGGCCCCGCUGGGCACGGAGCCCCCCGCCCGCUGCGUGUGCUACGGGCUGGGCCGCUUCGGGCGCUGCCCCAUCGCCCGCUACCAGCUCGCCUUCCUGCUGCUGCUGCUGGACGAGCUGAGGGUGCCGCCCGCACACUGCGCACUGUUCGACCCGGCCUUCUCAGCGCGGGAGGCGGCGGCGCUGCGAGAGCUGGGGCUGUGCCUGCUCCCCGAGAAUGAGGAAGGGAAGCGCGGCAUCGAGGGUGUGACCACGCUGUUCUACAUGGUGCACUGCGGGAAGGCCCUGUACAACAACCUGCUGUGGAGCAACUGGAGCCCAGCGGCGCUCUCCAAGCUGGUCAUCAUCGGGAACAGCUUCCGAGGGAUCGAGGAGAGAUUGCUGUCCAGAAUCUUGGAGAGAGAUUAUUCUUACAUAGCAAAGGUCUUGAAAGGAGUGGAGGAAGUGGCACUCCCCAGUCACCCACGCUACCUGGACACCUUCAAUGACACCUCUGUGCACUGGUUUCCCCUGGAUAAACUGCAGGAGCUCUCCCCUGAGGUCUGGGACUUCGUGGAGGAGCCGAUGUACCAAGAUUGUGAGGACCUGGAGAUCAUCAGGAAGGGGGAGGAAGCUACUGCCAAGUCCUGACCAUCCCUGUGGUGGCAGGGCUGGGAUCCACAUCUCUUCCCAUGGAAGCUUCUGUGCAGCUAAGAUGGAGCUCAAGUAGCAACUGUGGCAUCAGGCUCUGUCCAAAGUGGCAGCACCUGAAUGCUGAGGUGAUGGGACAUUUUUGUAUUUUAUUUAAUAAAAAAGUAAAGCUGAGCUUUGAUUUACGCUCACUGAACUCCGGCAAACUGAUUCCACCAAAACCUGCCUUGGGAGCCAUUCACACUGCAGUGACUGCUCUGAUUCCCUCCCCUUCCGUAAUUCAACACCUUUGCAUGUCCUACACACAUUGCAAAGCAUCAGGAAGGGGAAAUUAUCAGAGGGGUUUGUACUGGGAGGUGUUGGGGUCUGAUUCCCAGUGCACACUUGGAAAAAGCUCCCAGCUCUCAGUGCUGCUGAGAUCAGCUCUUGAUCAGUCCUGAGAACAACCAGGUUGAUGCCUCCAGGAAAAAAAGCUUUAGUGUUUCUUCCCUCACCUUGUGCUCUUAACCACUGCAGUCCCAUAGCAGAGAGAGUUGAGGCAGGUCCUGGCUGUGUGCAGCAAAGAGGUGCCCACUGUGUGAGGGAUGUUGUGGGGACAGCAACUCACUGCCAGCACAAGCUGUGACAUCUGUCACAGCUAGAGACUCAGGGGACUCAGCUAGGCCAGCCCUCACUGAGCAGAGAAUGCGAUCCCUCCUAACCUGCUGGUAAACCUGUCCCAGGUGGCAAUUACAAAUGUCAGCACUGCUUGUUCUCCCUUAGCCUGGCUUCUCAGGUCGGGAAAUCUGGCCCUUCGCCCUCUUACCGCUGCCUGAACAGCUCUUCCAAUAAAAGCACCCUGGCAUCCAGCUCCAAUGUCACUAUUUACAAACCUGGAACUUUAUUCUAAGGAUUACCCAGGGGCUGUUCCUGGGUGGUGACUCAGUCCCCAGCAGGGCCUCACUUGGCCAUUUCAAUGAGGCUCUGCAGUGAGGUGGGCACCCAGAUCUCCUUUUACACAAAGGCCUCACUUGGCCAUGUUUAUGAGGCUCUACAGCAAGGUGGGCACCCAGGGUGGUGUCUCCUUGCACAGAGGCCUCACUUGGCCAUGUCUAUGAUGCUCUGCAGCAAGGUGGGCACCCAGAUCUUCUCCUUUUGCACAAAGGCCUCAC